ACCUCUCUUCUCGGCCGGCAGGGGCGCAGCCAUUUUAAUUCAUAUCUGAGUGGGCGGUGGCGUUUCGUGUUGGCUGUCUGGCUCCGCUGGGCAGGGGUUAACUUUGUUGGUUUGGGGGUGGUUUUUAGUUUAAUUUUUCUUUUCUAGCUUCGCAUCGCGGGCCAGUUCGCACGUUCUAAUAAUCUGAGGCCAUGUCAGGAGACGGAGCCACAGAGCAGGCAGCUGAGUAUGUCCCAGAGAAGGUGAAGAAAGCUGAAAAGAAAUUAGAAGAGAAUCCAUAUGACCUUGACGCUUGGAGCAUUCUCAUUCGAGAGGCACAGAAUCAACCUAUAGACAAAGCACGGAAGACUUAUGAACGCCUUGUUGCCCAGUUCCCCAGUUCUGGCAGAUUCUGGAAACUGUACAUUGAAGCAGAGAUUAAAGCUAAAAAUUAUGACAAGGUUGAAAAGCUAUUUCAGAGAUGCCUUAUGAAGGUUUUGCACAUUGAUUUAUGGAAGUGUUAUCUUUCAUAUGUUCGAGAAACCAAGGGCAAACUUCCAAGUUACAAGGAAAAAAUGGCUCAAGCAUAUGACUUUGCAUUGGAUAAAAUUGGAAUGGAAAUUAUGUCUUAUCAGAUUUGGGUAGAUUACAUCAAUUUCUUAAAAGGCGUGGAAGCUGUUGGAUCUUAUGCAGAAAAUCAGAGAAUCACAGCUGUCCGAAGAGUUUAUCAGCGGGGUUGUGUUAAUCCAAUGAUCAACAUUGAACAACUCUGGAGAGACUAUAACAAGUAUGAAGAGGGUAUCAAUAUUCAUUUAGCUAAAAAAAUGAUUGAAGAUCGGAGUAGAGAUUAUAUGAAUGCUAGGCGUGUAGCAAAGGAAUAUGAGACGGUAAUGAAAGGUUUGGACCGCAAUGCUCCCUCGGUGCCUCCUCAGAAUACUCCUCAAGAAGCUCAGCAGGUGGACAUGUGGAAGAAAUACAUACAGUGGGAAAAGAGCAACCCUCUUCGUACAGAAGAUCAGACCCUUAUAACAAAAAGAGUUAUGUUUGCUUAUGAACAGUGCCUGCUCGUGCUGGGCCAUCACCCUGAUAUUUGGUAUGAAGCCGCCCAGUAUCUUGAGCAAUCAAGUAAACUGCUCGCAGAGAAAGGGGAUAUGAAUAAUGCCAAAUUAUUUAGUGAUGAAGCUGCUAAUAUAUAUGAAAGAGCCAUAAGCACUUUAUUAAAGAAGAAUAUGCUUCUUUAUUUUGCAUAUGCAGAUUAUGAAGAGAGUCGCAUGAAGUAUGAGAAAGUUCACAGUAUAUAUAACAGACUUCUGGCCAUUGAGGAUAUUGACCCCACCUUGGUAUAUAUCCAGUACAUGAAAUUUGCAAGGAGAGCAGAAGGUAUCAAAUCUGGAAGAAUGAUAUUUAAAAAAGCGAGAGAAGAUACCAGAACCCGCCACCAUGUCUAUGUUACUGCAGCACUUAUGGAGUAUUACUGUAGUAAGGACAAAUCUGUUGCCUUUAAGAUUUUUGAGCUGGGGCUAAAGAAAUAUGGAGACAUUCCAGAAUAUGUUCUGGCCUAUAUUGACUAUCUUUCUCACCUCAAUGAGGACAAUAAUACCCGAGUUUUAUUUGAACGAGUUUUAACAUCUGGAAGCCUUCCUCCUGAAAAGUCAGGAGAAAUCUGGGCCCGAUUUCUAGCUUUUGAAAGUAAUAUUGGUGAUCUAGCCAGUAUACUCAAAGUGGAGAAAAGACGGUUUACAGCAUUCAAAGAAGAGUAUGAAGGCAAAGAAACAGCUUUACUAGUAGAUAGAUACAAGUUCAUGGAUUUGUAUCCUUGCUCUGCAAGUGAAUUAAAAGCACUUGGUUAUAAGGAUGUCUCCCGUGCUAAACUAGCAGCUAUAAUUCCAGACCCAGUUGUAGCUCCUUCUAUAGUGCCUGUUCUGAAAGAUGAAGUGGAUAGAAAACCAGAAUACCCUAAACCAGAUACCCAGCAGAUGAUUCCAUUUCAGCCACGACACUUAGCACCUCCGGGCUUACACCCUGUCCCUGGUGGAGUAUUUCCAGUACCACCUGCUGCUGUCGUUUUAAUGAAACUUCUCCCUCCUCCUAUCUGUUUUCAGGGUCCCUUUGUACAAGUGGAUGAACUGAUGGAAAUUUUCCGAAGAUGCAAGAUACCAAAUACCGUGGAGGAAGCUGUGAGGAUCAUUACUGGCGGAGCCCCAGAGCUGGCUGUAGAAGGCAAUGGCCCGGUAGAGAGUAAUGCAGUACUCACCAAGGCCGUCAAAAGGCCCAACGAGGAUUCAGAUGAGGAUGAGGAAAAGGGGGCCGUCGUCCCGCCGGUUCAUGACAUUUACAGGGCACGGCAGCAGAAGCGAAUUCGGUGAAGCAGGCUCAAAACCUGCCUCUGAAAGAAAACUCUUAUCCAGGAUUCCCUUUUUGCCUCUUAAGUCAUAUGUUUGAAAGAGACAGUGCUUUGUUACAAGCAUUUGGUUCUUGGAAACAAAGUUGUAUUGUCAUUGGUGCCUCUAUCAUAUGGUUCUUGAGAAAUAAACAAACCAACCUGUGUGAAUUUUAGAAUAUGGAACAGACCUAUGCUCUAUAAACAAAAUUAGUUUUUCAAAAAUGUGAGAACAGUACAAAAUGGCAGAACCACAUUUUGUUCCCUCUUCAAGGGUGUCUUGUAUGUGCCGCUUGAAGGCUUGUGAGUUUUCAACAGUUUUAUUUUAAAAACUGGAUGGCUUAUGAUUGUAAAGCAUUUUAUCACAUUUUCUGAAAACAGUCGUUCUCGGUUUGCUUACGUAGAGUCCUGCCUUAUUGUUUGUUUUUAUUUAUGGCAGAAUGUAUGGAAUCUGUUUUGUAGUUUAAAAUUUUAAAACAAUCCUUUAAAAAAUAAAAGGAUCUCAAAAA